AUGGCUGAGACAGUUCAAGAGACACCGGCUGCCACCCAGAAGCGCCCGCUGGAAGAGCCUUCUUCACCCUCCGGUCCAAACGACCAGCCAGAUGCAAAGCGUCAAGCGCUCGACAAAGUGCUCAAGGAGGAUGCCAACACCGACGAACCAGCUACUGCAGAAGAUGCUCUGAAGCUGGAAGCUGCCCAAGAGGCCGUCGCGGCUGAAAAUGGCACUGCCGAAGCUAUUCCCACCGCGGACGUCACCGACAAGCAGGGCGACACUGUUGUCCCAGAUGCUGUUCCCGCUGCUUCUCCAUCCGCUCAGGCUCAGCAAACCCAUGCUAUCCUCAACAACCCCACCACGAACGGAUCGGACGCUCGCGCCGGCUCUCAAGCUCCUUCCUACCACGACGACAACAACAGUAACUGGCUUCAUGUGCGCUCGAUCAUCUCUAGUGCAGAGGCGGCAACCGUGAUUGGCAAAGGUGGCGAGAAUGUCUCGCAGAUUCGCAAGAUGGCAGGCGCCAAGUGCACUGUCAGUGAGUUCAACAGAGGUCAGGUUGAGCGCAUCCUUACUGUUUCCGGCCCCGUCGAUGCAGUUGCCAAAGCAUUCGGCCUCAUCAUCCGUACCCUCAACCAAGAGCCUCUCGACACUCCUUCCAGCCCCCACUCCAAGACCUACCCACUUCGCCUCCUCAUCCCGCACAUCCUCAUUGGCUCCAUCAUCGGCAAGGCAGGUGUGAGGAUCCGUGAGAUCCAAGAAGCAUCGGGCGCUCGCCUUAACGCAUCCGAGCAGUGCCUUCCGCUGUCCACCGAGCGCUCCCUCGUCGUUCUUGGUGUCGCUGACGCCGUCCACAUUGCCACAUACUAUGUCGGAAGCACUCUCGCCGAGCAGCUAACAGAUCGUUUCGGUAGCAUUGCCGCUUCGGCGUAUGCUGGCCGUCAAGGUGGACCACAAGGCGCAGUCCCAGGCGGCAUGCAAGUCGUACCGUACAUCCCACAGCAUAUGGGUGGACAGAUGGGCGGACCAGACAAGUUCCGCGGUCCUCCACGACCCACCGGACCCGACGCACGCUACAACUCGAUGCACCCGCAGCCACAGCAACACUACCAUCCCCACAGCGGCAUGCCAUACGGCCCCGGCCCUGUCGCAGGCUCCCCUCGCCCACCAUACGCUGGUGCCGGACCUCAGCAGCCCCAUCAACCGCAGCAGCAGCCGCAGGCAUACGGUCAAGGCCCACCGCAACCCAACCACGCCGGUCCACCGCAGCAGCCCAUGCAGAGCAUGCCCGGCCAAGCCAUCACGCAGCAGAUCUUCAUCCCGAACGACAUGGUCGGCGCGAUCAUCGGCAAAGGCGGCGCCAAGAUCAACGAGAUUCGUCAGCUGUCUGGAAGUGUUAUUAAGAUCAACGAGCCCCAGGAUAACAACAACGAACGUCUCGUCACGAUCACUGGCACGCAGGAGUGCAAUCAGAUGGCGCUGUACAUGCUGUACAGUCGACUGGAGACUUCUCAGAAUGAGUGGAAGGCUACGAAGGGCGACCGCGACCGCAUCUAG